UCCUCUCUCUGAUUUCUCUUGUCUCUCUCACCUCGACUGACUGUUGUGAUGAUAAGCCAAGAUCACUCUUUUGAAAACUAAUCAUGUAUGUUAAAAUUAUCAGCAUGUAUGUGCAUUCAAUUCGAAUCAAGAUGCACUUUUCUGUCAGCUACCCAAGGCAUUGGCACUUUUUGCAACAUGAACAGUGAUCCAUAGAUUCUGUGCAAAGAUUGGUUCUUUUCUGAGACUUUGCUCCUCCACACCAUCCUCUAUAUAUUAGAUUGAAAGAUGUCAUUCAAUCAGGAUCAUUUGGGAAUCAUCCAGGCAAAGCUCAGUUCAGGAGAAACUGCUUCCACUUGCCAUGAGGCAAGUCUUAUGCAGGGUUGUGUUUGUGCAUCUCGUAUCCUGGCUUUAGUCGAACAUGAAGGUGAAUGGGCUCUUUUUAUUUUUAUAUCCUCACGAAUGCCACCAGAAGUAUUUACUGAUCUAGCUAUAGAGAGAGUAAUUCCAAUUGAUAAUGAUUUCAAAUGUGAAAUUGAUGCUGGAGAGCAAAGUGUAGAUGUUUAUGUGAAUUCUCGAAAGUUAAAGCUUUUAUUUAAAAUGAUACCUAGUAUCAAGACAAACAAUUUUGUGUCUGAAAUAAUGCGGUCAAUGGAAGAUCUAACAAAACGUAGGGAUCCACCGCCAGAGUUUCAGUGGCUUCAUAAAUACUCUGGAUCGAGUACUUCAAGUAGAAAUAAAACUGAUUGUGAAUCUGCUACCACGGAUAUCACAGAAGAUGAUGCUUCAAAAGAAAAGAUGCUAGAUCUUGAUAGUCCAGAUAUUGUUGUGUCACGACAUAGUGUAGCUCAGGGAGCCAACCCCAUUGCUGCCCGAGAAAAUGUUAUUCAACAUCAAAUGUCUCUGAAAGAAAAUGACUAUACCUACACUCAAAUUCUCCGAGUAUUUAUUGGUACCUGGAACGUCAAUGGUUUGCCUCCUACUUCAAGUCUGACUCCUUGGCUUGCAUCUGAUAUGGAACCUCCAGACAUUUAUGCUGUUGGUUUUCAGGAACUCGAUCUAAGCAAAGAGGCUUUUCUAUUUAAUGACACACCCAGAGAAGAAGAGUGGAGGAGGUCUGUUAUUGCCGCUUUACACCCUGGUGCAAACUAUAAACAAGUUGCACUUGUAAGACUGGUGGGUAUGAUGUUGAUUUUACUAGUUCAAGAAAAACACGAGAAACAUGUCAGAAAUGCUGCUUUUGAAACUGUUGGAACUGGAAUAAUGGGGAAAAUGGGAAAUAAAGGGGGUGUUGCAAUAAGAAUGGAGAUUCACAAUACAUCAAUGUGUUUUGUCAACUCUCAUUUGGCAGCUCAUGUAGAAGAAUUUGAGAGGCGUAACCAGGAUUAUCAUGAUAUUUGUUCAAGAUUAUCAUUUUCUAAAUUUUCACCUCCAAAAGUCAUUGACAAACAUGAUCAAAUAUAUUGGCUUGGUGACCUCAACUAUCGAAUAACAGAAAUGGAGCCACGCAUUGUGAGGGAUCUAAUUAGCCACAACAGUUUAGGUGCUCUUCUAGAGUGUGAUCAGCUAAAUCGGCAACGUAGUCAAAAGAAUGUCUUUAGUGGCUACCGAGAAGGCCCAAUUACAUUUAAACCUACUUACAAGUAUGAUCCUGGAACAGAUGAUUGGGAUUCGAGUGAGAAAAACCGGGCUCCUGCAUGGUGUGAUCGUAUUUUGUGGAAAGGUGAUGGAAUGGACCAAAAGGAAUACCGAAGUCAUCCUAUUUUGAGGACCAGUGAUCACAAGCCAGUCAGUGCCAUGUUUGAGUCACAGGUUCGAGUGAUUGAUGUUGUUAAAUAUCGCAGAGUUCAUGAAGAAGUCUUAAAGAAACUGGACAAGCUAGAAAAUGAGUUUCUACCCCAGGUUACAGUUGAUAAUACUGAAAUAAUCUUUGAUGUUGUGAGGUACUUAGAAGCCCAGAGUCAAGAAUUGAUAAUUGCUAACACUGGCCAGGUUCCUGUUCAAUUUGGAUUCAUCAAAAAGCCUGAUGAUUCAAAAUUUUGCAAAGAGUGGUUGAACAUAGAUCCUGCUGUCAGUUUUAUCAUGCCAGGAGAAAAGUGUGAUGUGAAGCUUGAGGUUUGUGUUGACAAGAAGUCUGCCUCAAAAUUAAACUGUGGAGAGGACAAGCUUUAUGAUAUUCUUGUCCUUCAUUUAGAGGGUGGAAAGGAUAUAUUUAUAACUGUCACUGGUAAUUAUGAAAGGAGCUGUUUUGGAUCCUCAAUAGAAGCUUUGGUACAUAUUAGUGUACCUGUAAGAGAAAUAUCCAUUGGAAGGCUGGUGGAACUGGAAAAAGGAGAACCACCUGGAGGUAUGGAACCAUACCCUAUUCCCAAAGAAAUUUGGUUUUUAGUUGAUCAUUUAUAUCGACAUGGUUUAAAAAAACAGAAUUUGUUUUUGUUGCCUGGUCUCAACUCUGAAUUAAUUGCCAUACGCAAUUGGCUUGACAAUGGAUCAUCUGAACCAUUACCUGGAAGCCUUCAUUCAAUAGCUGAAGCUCUCCUUCUACUUUUGGAGUCCACAGCCGAACCAAUUGUACCAUUUAACCUUCAUAGUGUUUGCUUAGGGGCUGCCAGCAAUUAUCUUCAGUGCAAGCAGAUUGUUAUGCAGGAAUUACCUGAAUACCGAAAAAAUGUGUUCUUGUACCUUUGUUUCUUCUUACAAGAAUUAUUGUCACAUGCAAAUGAAAAUGGGCUGGAUGCAAAAACUCUUGCAACUGUAUUUGGAGGAAUAUUCCUUCGAGAUCCACCUCGGUUAUCUGCUAGAGGAAGAGGAAAUCUUACAGCAAUGGAUAGAAAGAAAGCAAGCUUUGUUUACCACUUUCUUGUCAAUGAUCUCAGUGACUAUGUGACAAGCAAGGUACUUCACCUUGGCCCAACUACUUAAAAAACUCUUUGAAAGUAUUCCAAAAUUCAACUUCUUAACACAAGCUUUAAAAAAUUACUAUCUUAUGUACUUGAAUGAAGUAUGUACCGGGUGUACAGGCUAAUACUCCCCAGUGUUGUGGGUUUGCAUACCCAAGGGGCUAUGGCGCCUUACGCGCAGAUCGGGUCGGCAAACCCGCAACACUGUGGUGUAUUGCCUUUACAGAUGGUACUAUGUAUGUCUCUUGCACUUACACUACACCAUCUGUUUGGAAAUACACACUAUUAAAAUAGGUUACCAUCAUUGUGGUAACUGCACUGUAUGUAAUUUUAUUUUUAAAUGGUUAAUCACUGAAUGCAAACCAUUUGCAUUUUGAAUUCUUAUCAAGUACUGUAACUGAGUACCUAGAUUGCACAGGUAGUUUAAUGUACAGAAUAAAGGUACUUUACUGUUGUGCAAAGUUGAAUAUUAACAAAAAAAAAUUGUAUCAAAUCAUAAUUACUUGUAAGUCAGUGUUUUAUUUUAUGUACUGUAGCUUCUUACAUUGAAAUUACACAAUUUUCUCUUGAUUUGUACAAUUUUUGCUACUCUACCACUUCAAGUAGGGUCUUCUUAUGCAUUUCUCUGAUUGUUUCUGAAUGUCAUUAUUUUAGUAAUGUUGUAAAGCUAAUUGUUUAUUAAGUUCAGUGUAAUAGUUUCUAUUUUACUGUGUUGUCCUGAGUGGAACGAAACCAAGUAAAUGAAUGGUUAUUUUGCUGUUAUUCGCACGACAUAUUAACACUUAAAUAACAACAUAUAACAAAUAAACUUGUUAUGAAGAGACGGUAAUUUUGUCAUUUUCUUCUUGUUAAAUGGACCACUUUAACAAGAGGAAAACGACAAAAUUACCUUCUCCUUAUGACAAGUUUAUUUGUUAUAUGUUUUUAUUUAAAUGUUAAUAUGUCGUGAGAAUAACAGCAAAACUAUGGCAAAACAACCAUUCAUUCACUCGGUUUCGUUCCGCACGGGGUAUAAUGCAUUUUAUGCGGAUAGGCAGGGACCAUUUUGAUGACUUUUCUAGUACAAAAAUAGUCUACUUAGGUUGUACUUUGCUACAAAUUUAUUCACGGGUUUACUGUUACUACUCUGAUGAGAUUGCUUUUAUGUGCAACUUCUACUUAUUCCAAUGUGCCUGUCAUUUAUAGCAUUUAGACACAGGUACCUUUUCUCCCUGUAAUGAAGUCAAAACCCUAAAUUUGUUUUAUCUGUUGCUCCUUGUCUUGCCUUUUUCCAGUAAUAAUAAAUGUCUUCGAAAGCACUA